AGCGAGUGAGUGAGUGACUGAGUGAAUAGCAAACUAAAUAAGAAGGGUGGGGUCGAGGAGACAUGGUUUUCACGAAUCCGAGUGAAGGGAGAGAAGUCCUGGUGUUCUCUCGAGGCCAAUAACUGUUCGAGCCAAUAACUGUCGAGGAAGCAUUCAGAUAUAGUCAUAGUAGAACACACAGACAAAACAGUAGGUAACAAUCUAAAUCUAACAAUAUUAUCCGGACUAUGAGACGUUCGAGAAGUACGAUCCUAUUGGCCCUCCUGUUGGCCGUACUAUCAUCGUCCGUUAAAGCUACUACGCUUUACGGUGCACCGCCAUGUCCCGAUCCGUACGGUGUACACGCAUAUGCUCAUCCAGAGGAUUGCAAUAGUUUUUUUUUAUGUACGAAUGGCACGUUGACACUCGAACAUUGUGAAAAUGGUUUACUUUUUGACGGACACGGUGCUAUACAUAAUCAUUGCAAUUAUUAUUGGGCCGUUAAUUGUGGACACCGCCAGCACGAUCUUACACCUGUGAGCUCGCCCGGUUGCGAAUUUCAAUUUGGACUUUAUCCCGAUAGUGAUACCUGUAGCACUACGUAUAUCAAAUGUGUACAUGGACAUCCACUUCAAGAACAUUGUGAUGCUGGUUUAGCUUACGAUCCGAAAACUCAUACUUGCGUAUGGCCUGAUCAACUUUUGCCAUAUUGUAAUCCGGAAGCAAUUGUUGGUUUCAAAUGUCCCCAUAAAGUACCAGCACGUAGUGCUGCAGCUAAGUUCUGGCCUUUCCCGAGAUUCCCGGUGCCUGGUGACUGCGGUAGAUUGAUAACUUGCGUCGAAGGACAUCCGCGUCUUUUGACAUGCGGCGACGGUAAAUUAUUUGAUUCCGUUAGUUUGAGCUGUCUCGAACCCGAAGAGCUACCACAUUGUGCCAAUAGCCUGUAAUAGUUCGAUCGGUUUAAUUACAUUAUACACGUGUAAUGGGAUCUUUUUUCUUCAUUUUUCCUUUCAUUUCUUUUUUUUUUUUUUUUUUUUUUUUUAUAAGAAACAUGACACACUGUACAUGAAGAAGAAGAAGAA